AUGCAGAAAGCAUCGCCAGCUGAACGAGACCCAUCACUGAAUCUCGAAUAUACAAUUGCGAGUGUUUUGCUUGGCCGCCUUGCCGCCUUGGUCGAAUAUGAGAUCGUCAACUGGUUAUGGCGUGCUUGGGGUAGUCUGGAAUACGGCUCAGUCUCUUCAGACUGGCACUUGGGUACAUCAUGCAAGAAUUGA